CAACCAACCUGAAUCAGCAACACAAAACAGUCUGACAAGAAAAAGAAUUACAUAAAACGGUCAACAGGAAGAUUUAAACAUGAACAACCAUCCACUCACUCAGAUCAGAUCCAGAUCACUCACACUACCACCAAACGAACUCAACCUCAUCAACCAGAGACAACCAUUCACUCAAGCACAAACACCAGGACUACAAACCAACCACAACCAACAAGAACAACAAGAACAAGCACAACAACAACAACAACAACAACAACAAGAACAACAAGCACCUGCUGACGACUACUUCCCAAUCAACAACAACACUACUAUCAAGAAAACUAUCAACUACUUCCUACCAUCAACAAACUACAGCAGAAUACCAUCAUCCGAAAACCUAUCACUACUACCCAUCACCACCACCAACAACAACAACAACAAACAGCUGAUCAAGAGAAACAGAACACUCAUCCAUCCCAUCGCACUCCUACCCGCCUUCAUCCUCGGUAUCAUCAUCACCCUCUACUCAUGUCUACAGGAACAACACUCAACCAACACCUUCCUCAACCCACCAAGCUCAUGGGCAAGAUUCUUCAGCAAACCAAUCAAAAACCAACAACCCACAACAAGAACAAGAACUGAACCAGUCAUCAACCAUCGCGAUCAUGUCUAUCUGCCCUACGACUACCUCAACCACACCUGGACACUCAACCCAUCCCCAAACCAAUACCCCAUCCUCCAACUCAUCCACAACGCCUCCCUCGCCUGGUCCGACAAACUCGCCAGACAGAGCAAAACUCUCCCACAGGCUGUCCAGGAGUAUCAGAGGCGCUACAACCGACCCCCACCCAAAGGAUUCGACAAAUGGUUCGAAUGGGCUAAAGAGAACCAAGUCCUGUUGGUCGACGAAUUCGAUCGAGUCAACGAACUCAUCGAACCCUUCUGGGCUCUCCCUCCAAAUGUCUUAAGGAAUCGGACCGAAGAGGCCGGCAAGAAUGAAGCCUUCUCGACGUUUGUGAUCAAAGAUGGAAAAGUGCAGGCGAUCGGAGCCAAGAAAGAUGCUCCCCGAACGAUCGACCAACUCAAACUGUUGGAAGUGAUUGUGCCCCAUCUUCCUGAUGUCAAUGUCACCAUGAGUCACCAUGAUGGGCCGUCAGUCUUCAUGGAUUGGAAAACUAAACAACGCCAUCUGGAUCAUGCCCGGGCCGGAACAGUCUUGCCACCCGAAUUAAUCGAUAAAGUAGAGGAUGAUGCAAGUUUGUGGGGAUUUGUGGGAGCUUGUGCGCCGGAUUCUCCGAUGCGGAUGGUGGCCAACGGACUUGCACAAGAUCUGAAAGUGCAACAUGCUGGACCGGGUGGUUAUAUUGGCUUGGAUCAUGCGAAAACCAUGGAUUUAUGUAAACAUCCUGAAUGGCAAGAAUUCCAUGGUUUCACAGCAUGGGCCGGACCACGUCCCUUACCAUUGCGACCGAUCUUCAGCUUUGCCCAAUCGCCGGGCUUUGUGUCGGACAUCCUGAAUGCGCCGCUCGAGCAAUUUGAGGAUUCGACGAAGAAUGCGGACCAAGUGAAGACCUGGGAGGAGAAGGGAGAGAACCAACGACUGUUAUGGCGCGGUCAGACGACGGGGGUCUGGUUUGACCGGCAGACGAACUGGCGCAAGUCACAUCGAGUCCGACUCCAUCGACUCGGCGUGGCCCCCAAUCACCAGUACGGACAGGACCUCACUCGGAAUCUCCGCACUCCCGCCAUCCUCACCCAUUCCCCCUCCGCUGAUCCUCUUCUCCUUCGUAACCAAUCUCAAGAUCGGCCCGUCAUCGUUCUCGAAAAGGAAUACUCCCUCGCACACCUCGCUAAGCGUUAUCUCUCCGCUUCCUUCGUAGGCGAUCUCGUGCAAUGCACCGUCGAGGAUAGCUCCUGUGAAGCUAUCUCGAAGGAAAUCGAAUUCGCUGAACCUGUGGAUUGGCAAUUCCAGAACAACUUCAAAUAUGUUUUAGAUGUGGAUGGGAAUUCAUGGAGUGGACGGUUCCGACGACUGUUGAAGUCGAAUUCGUUGGUGUUCAAGUCGACGAUCUGGCCGGAAUGGUACCGGGACCAGAUCCAAGCCUGGCACCAUUACAUCCCCGUCCGGAUCGACUACGAGGAUCUGUUCGACCUGAUGAGCUUCUUCACCGGCUCUCCUGAUCCUCUUAACCAUACUCUGCCUCUUGACGAUCAAGCUUCGUUGGAUUUCGAUUUCGAUCUCGAUCUUGAUCAGGAUCAGGCUUCCGAGAGGAAGAUGAAGCGGUUUUUGGCGCUCAAUGGGUUCGAUCAUCUCGCGAAGGCGAUCGCCGAGCAGGGCUCUUCGUGGGCUGAUCAACACUUCAGAUAUCAGGAUCUUCGCGCCUAUGAUCUGUGGAGGACUUAUCUCGAAUGGGCUAGGGUCUCUGCUGAUGACGUGCGCAUAUGAACUUCACUUUGAAAUCAAAUCUACUGUUCUUUUCUUCCUCUCUCAUCUCUCUCUCUGUACACUUGACAACAACAACAACAACAACUACAUAUUGUAUCAUUAUUAUUAUUAUUAUUAUUAUUAUU